AUGAGCACUGGCAAGACAUACUCGGGGAAGGAGGUCGCGCAACACAACUCGCGUGAGACCUGUUGGAUCAUCGUCCAUGGAAAAGUGUAUGACGUUACCGAGUUCCUCGAUGACCACCCUGGAGGUAGCAAGAUCAUUCUCAAGUAUGCAGGCAAAGAUGCUACAGCGGAAUAUGAACCCAUUCACCCUCCAGACGCUAUCACGACGCACCUUCCGCCCGAGAAGCACCUGGGUCCUGUUGACCCCGGCACCGUUCUCAAAGUGGAGGUUGAGGUCACCGACGAGGAGAAAGCCCGGUUGGAGCGCGUCGCCAACCGUCCGUCGCUUUCGGAGAUUCUGAACCUGCACGACUUCGAGGCAAUCGCUCGGAUGGUGAUACCGGACAAGGCAUGGGCGUACUACAGCUCUGCUGCAGAGGACGAGAUCACCCUCAGAGAGAACCAUGCUGCGUACCACAGGUUGUGGUGGCGGCCUCGCAUUUUACGCGAUGUUACCACUGUCGACUGGUCAACAACGAUCCUCGGCCAGCCGUCUAAGAUGCCGUUGUACAUUUCCGCAACAGCUCUUGGGAAACUCGGCCAUCCAGAUGGUGAGCUGAACUUGACGAAGGCUGCGGCGGAGCACGGUAUCAUCCAGAUGAUCCCGACGCUUGCAUCUUGCUCAUUUGACGAGCUUGUUGAUGCCGCUCAACCUGGCCAAUCUCAGUUUCUCCAACUGUACGUGAACAAGGACCGCGAGAUCACGAAGAAGUUCAUACAACACGCUGAGAAGCGUGGCAUCAAGGCGCUCUUUAUCACCGUCGAUGCACCUCAACUUGGUCGACGCGAGAAGGAUAUGCGCCAGAAGUUCGAAGCUGAAGACCCCGACGUUGUCACUACAAACAAGCAUGAGGACAAGGUCGACCGCUCACAGGGAGCGGCGCGUGCGAUCAGCUCCUUCAUCGACCCCGGUCUCGACUGGAAGGAUAUUCCUUGGUUCCAGAGCAUCACUAAGAUGCCGAUCAUCCUCAAGGGCGUGCAAUGUUGGGAAGAUGCGCUACUGGCUUACGAUGCUGGACUCGCGGGCGUCGUGCUCUCCAACCACGGCGGGCGUCAGCUCGAGUUCUCGCGCUCCGCGAUCGAGGUCCUCGCUGAGGUCGUCCGUGAGCUAGGCAAGCAGCGCGGACUCAAGUUCCCCAACGAGAAGUUCCAAGUGUUUGUCGACGGAGGUGUCCGCCGCGCAAGCGAUGUGCUCAAGGCCAUCGCGCUGGGCGCCAACGCUGUCGGACUGGGACGGCCCUUCAUCUACGCUUUCUCGACAUACGGAUAUGAGGGUGUCAGUCACGCCCUCACCAUUCUCAACGAGGAGUUCGAGAUGAACAUGCGCCUGCUUGGGGCACGCACCCUGAAGGAAAUUGUGCCUGAGAUGCUCGAUACCUCUUCCCUCACUUCGCACAUCGUUUCCGUCCCUGGUGACAACUUGUUCAACACCAACUACGAGAGCAUGCAGCACGCACGGCUGCGGGCGCUCCAGUCGAAGAUGUAG